GUACAUCCUGUUCCCAGCAGGAGAGUGGCCUCUGAAAUCCCUACUCCUCAGUUUGUUGUUGUGGAUACAUAUGAAAGGGACUAUUCUUGCACUUUUGCUCAACCAAAUUCUUACUUGCGGGCAAGAGGAGCUCGGGCUGAGAUUGGAGAGUUUGUUGAGUAUGACUUGGACAAUGAAGAUGAGGACUGGCUUUUUGAGUUUAACAAGGAAAAGAAGAUUCUGAUGCCUGAAAUGUUUGAGGUUCUUCUUUUCAAGCUGGAGGUAUUGGAUCAUAAGGCUCGUGAAAGGGCUGGAGUUAUAACACCUACUCUUGGUUCACCAAUUCCAGUGCUACUACGGCUUGAUGGUGCUAUUGAGGCCCUACAAGCUCAGUCAAAAUAUACAGUUAUUGAAUCAGUAUAUGAUUACUGGAAAGAGAAGCGAGAAAGGUGGCAAAAGCCAAUUUUGCGACGUUUGCAGCCCCCUCCACCUUCUAAUGACACCAACCCAUAUAAUGUCUUCCGUCCUAGGGAAAAAGCCCACAGGCUUCACACAAGAAGGAUGCAACGAAGAGAAAACAAUGUCCAGUCAUUUGAGAAGCUUCGCCAGGUUAGACGGAACCUUGAACAAGCUAAGAGCUUGGUGCAGGCUGUGAUCAAGAGGGAGGAGAAAAAGAGAGAAGUAAUGGAUAAUGAAGUUAUGCUGCAGAGGAUACAAAUGAAGUAUAAGCAUGAAACCGAAUUUUUGGAAGACAGCUUAGCACUCUCGAGACUCGCUCCCUACUCUUCUAAGUUUGUUUCAAGUGAGGAGGAGUUCUUUGAGUCAGAUAUGAUGACUAGCCAUCCUCAUUCAAGGCCUUCAGUAGUACAGAUUCAUCCUUCAUAUGAUGCCAACCCAGCCAUGCUUCCUGCAGCUUUUUCAAAGCAAGAGUUUAGGAGGCAACAUGUUCCACAAGGCUGGCCUCAAAAGUUGGAUCCUCUUGAGCCAGUUUUGUUGUUCACAAAACCUUUACUUCCAGACAAGUUGGCUAUGGCAGGCAUUGUGCCACCAUCAGAUACUUUAAGAGAUAAUAAUGGUGUACCAACAAGAGCAUAUAAAUUCCAUGGAAGAAUUGGCAGAGGAGGCCGUAUAAUAUUUGACAGAUGGAAUCCACUUAUGCAGACCCCAAUUGACUGUGGAAAUUCUUAUUAUAUGCCACCAAAACCAAGACCUUCAUUCAACAUGUAAUUAAAGCUGUGUUUGUCACACUAUUGUAGCUAAAUUUGAUUUAAUGUGCUGCCAGAUAGGAAUUCAGU